CAAUUUAUUCAUCAGGUUGUAAAAUUUUAGAGAAGUAGUCGGUCAGAUGAAGUGGUGACACAGAGAAACAACAGCCAUGGCGAGGUCUAAGGCGAGAGUGUACACUUGUUGCGCACUGAUACUACUCUGCUUGGUUGCUAUAAUUGUGUGUAUUGCUGUACUUGCGAGACGCAAAUGCCCAACUGGCACUUUCUCGAAAGCUGCAGUGGCCGCAGACUCAGGGAGAUGUUCAGAGAUCGGACGGGACAUUCUUCAGAAAGGCGGCUCGCCAGUAGAUGGCGCCAUUGCUGCGCUGCUGUGCACCUCAAUCAUGAAUCCACAGAGUGCUGGUAUCGGAGGGGGGUCCAUAUUCACAAUUAUGGACGUCUCUGGUAAAGUGAAAAUCAUCAAUUCCAGAGAGACCGCCCCUGCAAACUUGAACCCUGACCUGCUUAAGUCAUGUAACAGCACUAUUCAAGUAAAAAAAGAUAGCAGAUGGAUUGGGGUUCCUGGGGAAAUUCGAGGUUAUGCAGAGGCACACCAGCUUUAUGGGAAGUUGCUGUGGGCCGACCUCUUUCAGCCGACCAUCAAACUGGCCAGGGAAGGAUUCCCUCUUCCUUACGUCCAAAGUCUAUACCUCCCAACCAUCAAUACAAGCAGCACCCAGUCACUGCGGAAACUAUAUUCAGACGAGAACGGAAACCUUCUUAAAGCCGGUGAUACUGUGAAAUUUGAGAAACUGGCUGACACUUUGGAGAUGAUCGCAAAUGAGGGACCAGAUGUGUUUUACAGCGGAACAAUAGCGAAGGAUUUAAUCAGUGACAUACAGAAAGAAGGAGGGACACUCACACUGCAGGACUUGGCCUCAUAUAAAGUUACAGUGACUGAUGCGUGGGCUGUUCCUUUGGGAGAGUACCAGAUGUACUUCCCUCCGCCCCCUGCCGGAGGAAUCAUCCUCAGCUUCAUCCUCAACAUCAUGAAAGGAUAUAAAAUGAACUCAGAACUUAAGACGACUGAUGAAAAAAUAUUAUAUUAUCAUCGUUAUAUUGAAGCUUUCAAAUUUUCCAAUGGAUUAAAGAAACAUAUCCGAGAUCCAAAGUUCCACUCAAAUAAAAUGGCAAAGAAUUUCACAGAGGGUAGCUUUGCAGACAACAUACGGAUCUUGAUCAGCAGCGACAAGACUCACGAUCUCCAGUAUUACGGCAUCACUCCGUAUCUGGAGAGCAUGGGUACCACACAUGUGUCUGUGCUGACUGAAGAUGGAUCCGCUGUGUCUGUCACCAGCAGCAUCAACCACAUAUUUGGCUCCAAAGUCUUCUCUCCAAGUACUGGAAUCAUCCUCAACAACCAGUUGUAUGACUUCUGUAGAAGAGCUGAAAGUAUCUCUACAGGAGAGCAGCCUCCCUCCUCUAUGGCUCCAGUUCUGCUGAAGUCUCAGUCAAAGACACUGGUGAUUGGAUCGACUGGUGGGAAUAUGAUCACUACUGGAAUGGCCUCGGCGCUCAUAAACCACCUUUGGUUUGGAAAGAGCCUUAAGGACGCAAUUAAUACUCCAGUUGUUUAUGUCGACUCUGAAAAUGCAGUAAAGUUUGAACCCAACUUUGAAAAGGAUGUAAUUGAGGCUCUUAAGAAAAAGGGACACAAUCAUCAACCAGCAACACGUUUCUACAAUGUAGUUAAUGCUGUGGAAAAGGAAGACAGCUGUAUCUCUGCAUGGUCUGAUGAAAGGAAAAAAGGCAAAGCAGCUGGUUACUGAGGCCAAAAGCCAGGGAUGUUAGUUUAAUAGCAUAGCUUUAAGGUUAUACAAAUUCUUGCAGCCACAAAACCACAAAAUCUGUAGCAGAUGGUGUCUGUCCUGCUGGAAAAUCAUUGAACAAGAUGCUGAUUAUCUGUCUUCUUCAGCUGAGUACCUACAGAAGCAUGUAGCAGUUGAACUCGUGGCCUCUAGACACAACUGACUCUAACAGUAACAUGAUGGAUUUUGCUGCACAAGAAGAAGCAACAGCCUUAUCUGUGACUGUGCCUGACCCCCCCUUUCGCUCUUCUGCUUAUUUGUACACAUUUUACCAUCUGGUACUUCUGCCAUUUCUCUCUUCUCUGGCAUUUCUUUCAGGUUUUCUGUUGUAAAAGCAACAGAUACAUAUGUAUGGUACAUGAUACUACACUCGUGUUUCAGGCAUGUGCAUAACAAAACUGAGUUUAAUGAUAAAAUAAUUCAAUGUUCAAAUCAUAAAGCCAAAAGAGUACAAAGAAAACAAAUACAUCAUAAAAACUGAAAAAAUGUUAUUAUAUUUUAUAAAUUAUUGGGGAUAUAUUGAUAUUGAAUUUCAUUAUCUAAAUUUUUAUCAGCCAAUUUAGGAUAAUAGUUGGUCUGAUAUUUAACAGCCAAAUCUUUCUCUUAAAUGUUGAUUUCACAAUCAUGCAAAUAUUCAAAAAAUAUUCUUUGUUUGAUGCCAAAAUUUGGACAUGAAUAGACUGAA